GUCGGUUUUUCGACCGUCUCGACGCCAGUUUCGAAGCGUCUAUUUUCGCCGCAGGUUCGCAAUUUCGCGCUGUGAUUUAACACGUUCGAAAAAACGCGGUCGCGGUGCACGUUUUCCACAACGGCGAUAAUCCUAAAAAGAUUUUGAAGUAUCUAAAAAAAAUGAUGGAUUUUUUAACAGCCAAUUGCGCCUGCAUGAAGGGCCGAAGACGGCCUGUCAUAAAUUACGAAUACUCAGACAGCGACUCAAAAUCGAUAUCAGACAUUGAAUUGCGGGCUGCCAGCGAACCGCCUGAGACCAUUAAGAAACCCAAACAAGAAAAUUGUUGGAAAAUCAAAAGAUGCAUACCCAGGACUGUACUUCGUUGGUUCGGCCAAGACGAGGAUAUGACCAUGACGAGGAUAGAGAAGACUAUUAAGGCAUCACUAUUAAUCCAAAAAUGGUACAGGCGGUAUAUGGCACGAUUAGAAGUAAGAAGAAGGUAUACCUGGACGAUAUUUCAAACGUUAGAAUACGCUGGGGAACAGGAUCAAGUUAAGUUAUAUAAUUUUUUCAACGCUUUACUGACACACAUUCCUCAAACAGAACGAGAAGUUGACUCGACAAGUUCCAAAAAUGCUUCCUUAGAAAAUCUUAAUUUGGAUUUUGACGAAGAAUCUCCCGAUGAAGAGUAUUACGAGCCAGAAGACAAAAAAAAACUGUUACAUUACGAACUAGAAUAUCCUUAUACUGAAAAAGCUCUAAUACAAUUAAUAGAAAUUUUCAGGAAACAUCGACACUAUCGACUUCCACCGAAAGAUGUAGCAGAUAUUCUGAAGAGAUCCAUAAUUUAUUUAAAAAAGCUGCCAAACGUCAAUGUAGCGUCUACAGGUCUGACGAAACAACUCACCGUGUGUGGAGAUUUGCACGGGAAAUUUGAUGAUUUAUUAGUUAUUUUACAUAAGAAUGGUCUUCCGUCAACAGACAAUCCGUACGUUUUUAACGGCGAUUUUGUAGAUAGAGGAAAAAGAGGUUUAGAAGUUUUUUUGAUACUCCUGUUAUGUCUUUUGGCUAUACCAGGAGCGGUGUACCUCAAUAGAGGCAACCACGAAGAUAUCAUCAUGAAUCAGAGGUACGGAUUUAUUCGAGAAGUGCAAUCUAAAUACAAAAAAAAUCACGAAAAACUUCUAAGGCUCAUCGAAGGUGUAUACAGGUAUCUUCCACUUGGAACAAUCGUUAAUAAUAAAGUACUUAUAGUUCACGGAGGCAUAUCAGACAUUACGGACCUGGAUAUAAUCAAAGGGCUGGACAGAGGACGGUAUGUGUCAUUAUUAAGGCCGCCAUUGACUGACAGCAACGCGCCUGGGGCAGAAGUUAUCGACAAAGUGGAGUGGAAACAGGUCUUUGAUAUUCUAUGGUCAGAUCCACAAGAUAACACAGGCUGCAUCCCAAACAGCCUACGAGGAGCUGGUACCUACUUUGGACCUGAUGUGACGAAAAAAUUUCUAGCCAACAACAAACUGCAGUACAUCAUUAGAUCUCACGAGUGCAAACCAGAUGGAUACGAAGUUUGUCAUAACAAUUGUGUCAUAACCAUAUUUUCGGCAUCAAACUAUUACGAAGUAGGCUCAAAUAAUGGCGCUUAUUUAAAACUAAUGGGCCCCGAUUUAGACACUCAUUUUGUCCAAUACAUGGCUAAUGCCGGCAGAAGAAAACUCAAUCUAUACCAAAGAAUGGGCCUAGUCGAGUCUGGAGCUUGCAGAGAAUUAAAAAUGCAGAUAUUGAACAACAGGUGCAAGUUAGACGAAGCUUUCGCCGAAGCUGAUCCCGAAAACACAGGAUACAUAUCUAUUACUCAAUGGUGUGUAGCUUUAGAGAACGCUACAGGUCUUCAGUUACCUUGGAGGAUGCUUAAAGACAAAUUAGUAACAAUUGAUUCUAAUAACAAAGUAAAGUAUCAAACAACAUUUGAUGUCAAAAAUGAAAAACUGAAUUCUGUACAAGGUGCUCAUUCUGUAGUUGAAACACUGUAUAGGAAUAAAAAUAGCUUAGAAGCCAUUUUUCAUAUUAUCGAUAAAGAUAAGUCUGGUUACAUCAGUUUGGAGGAAUUCUCAGAAGCGUGCAACCUAAUCAAACGCUUCAUGCCAUGUCCGAUGACUCAAGAACAACUUAAAGACAUUUGUAGGCUAAUGGAUUUGAACAAAGACGGUCAAGUUGAUCUCAACGAAUUUUUAGAAUCCUUCCGAAUGGUCGAUCCCGAAACUAGACUCAAAUACCUUACAGAAAAACAAGAAGAAACAUCCGAUCAUCCUAAGAACAAUAUAAAUCAAAAUGCUGUUAAUGGAGUUACUAAAAGUGAUAAUGAUACAGAAGUGCAGGUGCAUAAUCCCUCCAAAACAGAAGACCAAGCAUCGCUGAAUGUUCAUAAAAAUAAUCUGCAGAUGUCGCCGGUGUUAAGCAGUAGAAGAGGAUCGCUGAUAUAGGUUUAAGUUUUCAUAUCUUUUAAGACAUGUGGGAUCAAUGUGUUUCCUUUAGAGCGUAGUCAAUGAAAAUGGUUUUCAUUAUAAAUUCUCUCGUACAAUAAAUAAAAGUUAUGUCCUCCGUUAAGCUCGAGUAUGAUUUUAAAAUAAAUCAUUUGAAUGGCAGAUUCAUUGAGUUAUAUUUUGCGCUUGUCUUCCAGUAUCUAAGAGUUCUUUUCUUCUGCAUUAUGGUGUUUUGUUGAAAGUCAUAAAUGUUUGAUGUAUUGUAGAAUUUGUUUGUUUUAAGAACAAGCCAGGUGAGUGAUCAAGAGCGCUGUUUUAUUGGUGGAUCAUCAUCGUUAUUAUUCCUAAUCUGGACUUUUUAAUAAAACUAUGACGAAAUCAAUUUAUUUUAUGUAUGGAGGUAUAUAUUACUGAAUUAUCCUAACUUGUAGAACAGCAGAGUUAAUUUUUUCAAAUGUAGAAGAAUUAUAAUGUUUGUAAGAAAACCAUAAUCCAUUGACCGAUGCAGUAAUGUUCGAUAUAGCAUUUAAUAAUGAUGUAAUCAAUUGUAUAAUGGUUGUCAAUUUUCUUAUACGCUUAUUAUCAUAUAUUCAAAAUCGUUUGGUAAGUAGAGUUUAAAUAUGGAAGAUGAACGCUGAUUGUGUGUAAUUUUUCGAAAACGGCAACCCGUUUGAUAUAGAUAUUAAGUAUAGAUGCUGUUUUAGAUUAGUAAAUUGCGCAUAAACCUAAAAAUGAAUGAAUUACCUUUUGGUAAUUUAUGGUUAUGUGUAAUUUAAUGUUACCUAUAUAGAAUGUUGUACUAUUCCAAAAUGUUUCUAAUAUCUUUAACAUAUCCGAAACAAACCUAAUAACAAAUGGCUUUAAAUAAAUAUGACAACAUAUUAUUACUGUUGUCACAGAAGAGAAGAACAAUAAAGUAAAGAAACAUAGGGCUAGUUCGACUAAAGAGAUACUCUAAGAAAAAAGAUAAGUUUUAGGUCCUUUUGGUCCGUCACUGCGCAUGAUUGUUCUGUUUGACGUUAAUCUAUACCGCGUUCUCUAGAUAACGCCGUUUUUUCCGUUUGAAUCGGAUCAGUAAUAUCCAAGAAAUACGCUAAGGUCUUUCUGGCAUUUUGGUCUGCGCAUGAUUUUUCUGUUUGACGUUAAUCUAUAUCACGUUCUCUAUAUAAUUCCGUUUUUCCCGUUUGAAUCGGACCAGUAUUAUCCAAGAAACACGCUAAGGUCCUUCUGACUUUUCGUUCUGCGCAUGGUUUUUCUAUUUAACGUUAAUUUAUACUGCGUUCUCUACAUAAUGCCGUUUUUCCCGUUUGAAUCGGACCAACAAUAACAAAGAUACAUGCUUAGGCUCUUCUGGCAAUCGCAUGAUUUUUCUGUUCGACGUUAAAAGGGAUUUAAUUCCUCCCGCUCCCCCUCCACUUCCCCACUUCCACUCACUCUGUCUCACUCUUACCUACUGAAAUUGUACCUCUUGCUCUUACACAUUGAAUUCCCUAUGUGAGCCCAUGUCAGCUUUGUUUAUCUAUUUGUAACUUAUAGUUAUGUUUUCUGAGAGUAUUUCUGUGGUGGAACUAGCUCUGUAUUGUUAUCUCUUCUGUGCCGCUGCUUAGUAAACUUUAAGAUGAUAUUAUUUGCUUAAAUAA